AUGCAGGGAGGCACUUCAGAGCUCUGGCCUGCUCUGACCCAAAGCAGAUGCCGGCUGGUGGGCAAGAGUGUGCCGCGAUGUGGGCCGGCAUCAUCAUCAACAAUGGCCAUGCUCCAGCGCCCGAAUCUACCGCCACGGACGCGAGUGUACACAUCGUUAACGUCCAAUCCGAACAGCCUGCGGGUGGGGCAAAGUGAUAUUGAUGGAGAAGGAGAGGAGGAGAGAAGAGGAGGAGAGGGGAGUAAGGACAUGUGUGUGUUGAUCAGAGGGAGAGAAGGAGAGAAGAGGAAGAGAGAGGGAGAGGAGGAGAGAAGAGGAAGAGAGAGCAGGGACCGCUGCCAGCUGGCCACAGGAGUGAGAGUGUCGAUAACGAAGGCGAUGGAGAGGGGGGUGGGAACGGGGUGGGGCUGA